AUGAAAGUCACUUUCACUGGUUUGGCCAGUUUUGUGGCCUCAUUUGGUGUCCUUAGCUUUGUAGGUCUGGUUUUGGCAAUCGGAACUGAUUUUUGGUACAUCAUUGACACUUCUAAGAGGGAAAACAGUUCAUCUGUGUCUCUGAGCUCACAUUCUGGACUCUGGAGGACUUGUAACUUUCAUAACCAGUGCAGGCCAUUUAUGAAUCCUUUUGGAGCAGCAACAAACUUAUCAGAUUCACAAAGGCUGAUACUAAACAUGCAAGGAACGUUCAUUGUCCUGCUGCCUCUCAGCGUUAUUGUGAUGUUUGUUGGAGGGAUGCUGGGCUUCAUCAGUAUGUUAGCACGAGCCUACCUGCUGCUGCUCCUGACCGGAGUGCUGCUUCUGUUCGGCGCUGUGCUCUCACUGGCUGGAAUCUGUGUUUACAUGGCCUACUCUGCUGCUGGCUUUAAAGAGGCUGUGGACAUCUCUGGCCACAAAACCCUGAAGGACAUCGACAUUUACUUUGGCUGGUCUCUGGUCCUGGCCUCUGUUUCUUUUGUUGGAGAGCUUUGUACAGCUGUCGCGUUCCUGCUAGCCUCAGCAAGUGUGAGCCAGCUGACCAGUCAAGAGGAAGAUGAAUAAACACAAUUAUCUGACACAACAUGACCUGAAUAUUGACUGUUCUGAAGCCAGGAGGAGAGGAUGAAAUCUAUAUGAAGCUUUAAAUUGGUGUUUAUAUAUCAAAAGUG